AUGUCGGAAUUUUCGAAUCUCGAGUCUAUAUUGGCGACUCUCGCUGCGCAAAAGCCGCAAGCCUCGUCGACGCCUCCCCAAUCGCAGCAACCAUCUUACCCCCCGCCGGCGCCCAGCUAUCCUGCCCACAGCCAGGCUCCCGGUGUCUCUAGCAGCGCCCCUUAUCAGGCGGCACCAGCAGCGUCAUACCAAUAUCCACAGCCGACAUCUAGCGGUAGCCUCGACCUAGGUGCUGCCGUCCAGCCCACGACAUCAGGAAAUGUGAGCAUCCAGGAGGCCAUUGCCCGGGCCAAGGCACACGCUGCUCAGAAUGGUGUCACUCCGUAUGAUCGCCCCAUCACAUACUCGGCAACUCCACCUGCGACUGCACAGCCCGAUGCUAGACGGUACCGCAGCUCUCGCUCUCGGUCGCCAGCCCCAGCGAGACGGACCGGCGACAGCUACCGCAAUGGCAGCAAUCCGUACCGGGACGAACGGCGGGAUGCCAGCCAUGAUCACGGCGACGAGCGCUCCUUCUCGCCGACGCCACGCGGCAGAGAUCACGACCGCUUCUCUCCCCGCGGCGGCAAUGGUGGCCGGCACCGGUCGCCUGGCCGCGGAGGCGCUGGUGGCGGCGCCGGUGCUGGUGGCGACGACAUCACAGAAACGAUCGAGAUCCCAGCCAGUCUCGUGGGCCUGAUCAUCGGCCGACAGGGCGAGAAUCUGAAGCGCGUGGAGAACGACAGCCACUGCCGCGUUCAAUUCCUUGCUGCGGCCAGCCCAGACGAGGAGACGCGCCAGUGCAAGAUCACUGGCCCUGGCGCUCAACGCGUCAUUGCCAGGACCGCUAUCUACCAAAUCAUCGAGGACAGCGGUAUGAGCUCAGCUCCCCGGGGGACUGGCAGUGACCGCGGUGCCAGCAGCGUUGGUGGACGUGGCGCUGGUGGUGCCGGUAUGGGAGCUGCUGGUGGCGGCGGUACAACACCUCUCAAGGACGGCGAGGAGUGCGUCCAGAUCAUGGUUCCGGACCGGACUGUCGGCCUAAUCAUUGGCCGGGGUGGCGAGACGAUUCGUGACCUGCAGGAGCGCAGUGGCUGCCACAUCAACAUUGUCGGCGAGGCGAAAAGCGUGAACGGCCUGCGGCCGGUGAAUCUGAUUGGCGCCCGAGCAAUGACGAACCAGGCCAAGGAGCUGAUCAUGGAGAUCGUCGAUAGCGACACGCGCAACUCCAACGGCGGCGGGCCCGGUGGUCCUGGGGGGGCUGGAGGACCCAGCAGUGCUCCCUUCCGAGGCGCAGGAGGUGGUGGCCGGGAGGGUUUUGGCGGUGCUCCAGGCGGUGGUGGCGCAGGCUUCAGGGGUGGCCCUGGUGGCGGUGGUGGCGGCGACCGCAUCAACGACUCCAUCUUCGUGCCGUCUGAAGCGGUGGGCAUGAUCAUCGGCAAGGGUGGCGAAACAAUCCGCGAAAUGCAGACGCAGACGGGCUGCAAGAUCAACGUGUCGCAGACGCCGGGUGCCAACGAGAACGAGCGCGAGAUCGGGCUGAUUGGCAGUCUCCAGGCCAUCGAGAUGGCAAAGCUGGCCAUCGAGGAGAAGGUGGAGGCCGUUCGCGCCAUGUCUGGCAGCGACGACCCGAACGCGGAUCCCUACGCUCCUUACGGCGGUUACGCGGCCUACGUGGCCAUGUGGUAUCAAGCACUGCAGCAACAGCAGGCAGGCGGUGCCCCGGGCGACGGUGCUUAG